AUGGAUUCUAGAAAUGAAUCCGAAUCUGUUUUGGCAGAUAUCAAAUAUCCCCUUGAAGUGAAAUAUUGUGGCAAUUGUUCCAUGCCCAUCGAGUAUUGUGAGUUUUAUUCCGAGUACGAGAAAUGCAAAGAAUGGCUGGCCAAGAAUUUGCCCGAAGACUAUGAAAAACUCACUUUACGCGAGGCCGAGGGUAGCGAAUGCUGCAAUGAGGUGGAGAAGAAGCGUCAGAAACGCGGUGGAAAGGGAUUGCUGCGGGUGAAAAAGGAAAAAUGUGAUGAUGACGCUGCACCCAAACGUAUUUGCUUGUCGUGUGCCACCCGUGGCAAGAACAAGCGAGUGACCAUUGUGACCGGCAUGAGUACAUUCAAAAUUGAUUUGCGUUCAGCAGCCAAAUUCUUUGGCAACAAAUUCGCUUGUGGCGCGUCGGUGACCACGGAUAAUGCAAUUGUUAUUCAGGGCGAUGUGAGAGAAGAGCUGUUUAAAGUAAUACCCCAGAAGUGGGAGGAAGUGUCGGUGGAUGCCAUAGAGGAUUGUGGCGAGGGCAAAAAGAGUCAUCAUUAGUUAUAACAAAAAUGCCAAGAACAAGGACUUGUUAAGAAAGACAAUAGCAUCACAAAUGAUUUAAUAUGUAAUAGCUCAGUUUUACAGUAAACGCAACAAUGCAGCAGGA